UUUUGUUUUUUUUGUUUUUUUUUGUUUGUAGGGAGAAAAGUGGGCUGGUUAUAAAAGAAGCCGAUCAUGCCCAAAAACAGGGAGAGAUUCAGCCCGGAUCCAUCCAUCCAGAUAUCCAAGAUGAAUGUGAUCAUCCCGUUCUCACCAGAUGUGCCGUGUGACAGUAACGGUCAGCGGAUGUGGUGGGCUUUCCUCGCCUCCUCCAUGGUCACUUUCUUUGGGGGUCUCUUCAUAAUCCUCCUGUGGAGAACUCUCAAAUACCUGUGGACCGUGUGCUGCCACUGUAACGCCAAAAAGAAGGAGGUCCAUCGGAUCACCACGGGCGAUGGCAUCAAACGUGCCGAUAAGGACGACGCUGCAGCCAGCGAGGUGGGCUGGAUGACGUCGGUCAAAGACUGGGCUGGAGUCAUGAUAUCGGCGCAGACGCUAACAGGCAGAGUCCUGGUGGUGCUGGUGUUUGCUCUCAGCAUCGGUGCCCUUGUAAUAUACUUCAUCGAUUCCUCUGAUCCUAUCGAGUCCUGUCAGAACUUCUACAAAGACUUCACGCUGCAGAUCGACAUGGCGUUCAACGUCUUCUUCCUGCUGUACUUUGGCCUACGUUUUAUUGCCGCCAAUGACAAGCUGUGGUUCUGGCUGGAGGUGAACUCGGUGGUGGACUUCUUCACGGUUCCUCCGGUGUUUGUGUCGGUGUACCUGAACCGGAGCUGGCUCGGCUUGAGGUUUUUAAGGGCCUUAAGAUUGAUACAGUUCUCAGAAAUUUUACAGUUUUUGAAUAUACUAAAGACAAGUAACUCCAUAAAGUUGGUGAACUUGUGUUCUAUCUUCAUAAGCACAUGGCUGACCGCAGCAGGCUUCAUACAUUUGGUGGAAAACUCAGGGGAUCCUUGGGAAAACUUCCAAAAUUCCCAAGCCCUUUCCUACUGGGAAUGCGUCUACCUGCUCAUGGUUACGAUGUCCACUGUGGGCUAUGGAGACGUUUAUGCAAAAACCACCCUGGGCCGCCUGUUUAUGGUCUUCUUCAUCCUUGGUGGUUUGGCCAUGUUUGCGAGCUACGUCCCUGAAAUCAUAGAGUUAAUAGGAAACCGCAAGAAAUAUGGUGGUUCCUAUAGUGCGGUUAAUGGGAGAAAGCACAUUGUGGUGUGUGGUCAUAUAACACUUGAGAGUGUGUCCAACUUCCUAAAAGACUUCCUACACAAGGACAGGGAUGAUGUCAAUGUAGAAAUUGUUUUUCUCCAUAAUAUUUCCCCUAAUCUUGAGCUGGAAGCCUUGUUCAAGCGCCACUUCACCCAGGUGGAGUUUUACCAAGGGUCUGUCCUCAACCCACAUGACCUGGCCAGAGUCAAGAUUGAAUCAGCCGACGCCUGUUUGAUUUUAGCCAAUAAAUACUGUGCUGACCCUGACGCUGAAGACGCCUCCAACAUCAUGAGGGUAAUAUCCAUCAAGAAUUACCACCCAAAGAUCAGAAUCAUCACCCAGAUGUUGCAGUACCACAAUAAGGCUCAUCUGUUGAACAUCCCGAGCUGGACCUGGAAGGAGGGAGAUGACGCCAUUUGUCUCGCUGAGCUGAAACUGGGCUUCAUCGCCCAGAGCUGCCUGGCCCAGGGUCUGUCCACCAUGUUGGCCAACCUGUUCUCCAUGAGGUCCUUCAUCAAGAUUGAGGAGGACACGUGGCAGAAGUAUUACCUAGAAGGAGUGGCCAAUGAGAUGUACACCGAGUACUUGUCCAGUGCCUUCGUGGGCUUGUCCUUCCCUGUCAUUUGCGAGCUGUGCUACGUGAAGCUAAAGCUCCUCCUGAUCGCUAUAGAGUACAAGUCUGAUCAAAGGGAGAGCAGCACCCUGAUAAACCCCGGGAAUCAUGUGAAAAUGCAGGAGGGGACCUUGGGGUUCUUCAUCGCCAGUGAUGCCAAAGAAGUAAAGAGGGCGCUGUUUUACUGUAAAGCCUGUCAUGAUGACAUUACUGAUCCCAAAAGGAUAAAGAAGUGUGGAUGCAAGAAAUUGAUAUAUUCCAAGAUGCCUGCCUACAAGAAAAUGCGACUGGCAUGUUGUUUUGAUUGCGGCCGCUCAGAGCGAGGCUGCUCUUGCAUGCCGGUUAAUGUGCGUUGUAACAUGGACUCCCCUCAACGUGACAUCCCACUCUCUGCUGUCUCUGUUAAUGAUUGCUCAGCCACUUUACGUGCCUCUAAAAAUAGCUAUAAUGGAUAUAUCAAAUCAAUUGAGGAGGACCAUCAAUCGGCACUGUCGCCUAAAAAAAAGCAACGCAAUGGUGGCAUGAGAAACUCUCCAAACUCCUCCCCGAAGAUCAUGAGACAUGACCCUCUCCUCAUCCCUGGGAGCGAGCAGAUCGAGAGCAUGGACGAGAACGUGAAGAAAUACGACUCCACGGGGAUGUUUCACUGGUGCCCGUCCAAAGACAUCGAGAAGGUCAUAUUGACCCGGAGCGAGGCAGCCAUGACGGUUCUGAGCGGUCAUGUGGUCGUUUGCAUAUUCGGAGACGUGAAAUCGGCGCUGAUUGGCCUCAGAAACUUCGUCAUGCCUCUGAGAGCGAGUAACUUCCACUACCACGAGCUGAAGCACAUCGUGUUCGUCGGAUCCCUCGAGUAUCUGAAGAGAGAGUGGGAGACGCUCCACAAUUUCCCAAAAGUCUCCAUUCUGCCCGGCACACCGCUGAGCCGGGCAGAUCUGAGGGCUGUCAACAUCAACCUCUGCGACAUGUGUGUCAUCCUGUCAGCCAAUCAGAACAAUAUUGACGACGCAUCACUGCAGGACAAAGAAUGCAUCUUGGCGUCACUCAACAUCAAAUCCAUGCUGUUUGACGACAGCAUCGGGGUCUUGCAGGCUAAUUCCCAAGGCUUCACUCCUCCAGGGAUGGACCGAUCUUCUCCUGAGAACAGUCCAGUUCAUGGAUUGGUCCGACAGACUUCAGUCACCACCGGAGCAAAUAUUCCCAUCAUCACAGAACUAGUAAAUGACUCAAAUGUUCAGUUCCUGGACCAAGAUGACGACGACGACCCGGACACGGAGUUAUACCUCACUCAGCCUUUUGCCUGUGGGACAGCCUUCGCCGUCAGCGUUCUGGACUCAUUAAUGAGUGCUACAUACUUCAAUGAUAAUAUCCUCACCUUGAUCCGGACGCUGGUAACAGGCGGGGCCACGCCGGAGCUGGAGGGGCUGCUGGCGGAGGAGAACGCGCUGCGAGGCGGAUACAGCACGCCGCAGACCUUAGCGAACAGGGACAGGUGUCGAGUGGCACAGCUGGCUCUGUACGACGGGCCCUUCGCCGACCUCGGGGAUGGUGGUUGCUAUGGUGACCUCUUUUGUAAAGCCCUGAAAACAUACAACAUGCUCUGCUUCGGCAUCUAUCGAUUACGAGACGCGCAUCUAAACACGCAAAGCCAAUGUACCAAACGGUACGUCAUAACCAAUCCUCCCUACGCGUUUGAGCUGGUGCCCUCAGACCUGAUUUUCUGCCUGAUGCAGUUUGACCACAACGCCGGCCAGUCUCGAACCAGCCUCUCCCAUUCGUCCCAUUCGUCCCAUUCCUCCAGCAAAAAGAGCUCGUCCGUCCACUCGAUCCCGACCACCAACCGCACGAACCGCACCAAAAGCAGGGACUCACGAGACAAACAAAAAAAAGACCCGGUUUACAGAUGAGCCAGAGAAUACCCACCUGAGGACCAUUCAGAUCAAGCCUGUGAAUACUCUCGCCGUCACUCAAGUCAGUCCGUAUAAAUCCACCAACAGCCCAAUCCCACCCAUCCGAGAGGCAGAAGACGAGUGCUGACGUCCGGGGAGGGGAGGGGGGGGGGCACCGUCAUGACACCUGGAUGCCAUCGUGGACUCGUGGAACUGCAGGAAAAACAUCAACACCGGACGUCAGAUGAGAAGGACACGGAAGUGCUUUCCUCGUUCAAUCCUCCAGCUUUUAGAUAGAAGACAAUCAUCCACGGUUAGCUUAGCGGUGACCAGACUCCGUGACUGUUUUCAUUUUGGAGGAUGAGGGUCGCAGCAGUAAACAUCACUCCCAGCAACUCCAAUAAGUGAUUUUUUUUUUUUUUUUUUGUUUUUUUGGAACAAGUUGCCUUUUUAGCUGUCAAUGAACUGCUACUUCUGCAUUCUACUUACUCUGUACAGUUUGUUCACAUGUGUAUUUCACAUCCAGCUGCGAUCCCACCACGAUGGCAUUGACUCUCACUGAUUCCUUUGCCAUUUUGAAACUAAUAAUUCACAACAUUUGUGACCGUUAAAGCGGCCAAUGCUCACAUACAUCAGAACGGCAUUCGGCUCCAGCCUUAUCACCAUCCAUUCAUACUUCUAUUUGGGUUUUUUUUGUUGUUUUUGUUAAUUUUUGUCUUAUAUUUGCCUUUUUUGAGUCGUUUGUCAUUAAUGUUUUCAUGUGAUUGUUUGGUUGCGAUGUCCAAAAAAUCUUACAAAGUGAAGCUGCAUAGCCAUGUAUAUGAUAGAGCUGUUCUGUCGGUGAUAAAAAAAAAAAAAAAAAAAGAUUGAAGAAAGCCAAAUACUACGAUUUAAAUCAAAGCGCCAUAUAAUCAGAAUGUGAAAGCCACGUAUCGCAUGAAGUGGGCAUCUUCAAGUCCUCCUUUGGCUGUAAGCACUGCCUGACACAGGAUUGUCUUGGAGGCCAUAAUGUGCUUGUAUGGACUCCAUGAUCAAUCUUAAUGCCAUAAAUGAACACAAUCAUGAUUUCUGUAGAAACAUCACAAACAGCUCUAUCAUAAGAACUCAUUUAGGCUAUUUAUGUCACAGGUUGUGGUCUGAUAUUGUUGACUUAUGUAUAAAGUGUCGCAAAUUAAGGAAAAUUGAUGAUGAUUUUUUUGGUUGCAUCUUUUUUUUUCCCCCAUUUAUGAAUCAAAACCAGCUAAUAUUACCUAUGAAAAAUGACUACGGUUAUGAAAACAGCUAUGUAGUUCUGCUAAAAUGCGAUCCAAUCAUUUCAUUUUGCUGUUUUAAAUUGAAUCGAGUGAUAGAAACAGAGCUCUAAUGGCACUGACGUCACUUUAUGUCAGAAGAAAAAGAGGAAAAGCAACAUGUUUUGUAUGGAAAGAGAGAGGUUGUGACAUAUUUUGUUUUGUUACUGGCACAGAGGUCAUCCAAAAGCGUCCAUCUGUCAGUGCCAGUAAUGUGCCAGGCAGUGCUGAAACCAACGGAGGACUCCAGAAGACCCACUCCUGCGAAAAGAGGCUUCUAGUUUGACUGGAUUUUAUCUGACUACUUUUUCUUUUUCUUCUUCUUCUUGAUUUCCCAUCACAGAACCUCACAGUCUUUAAUAUGAAGCUUCAGUGUGGUUACAGGUGGAGGUGAGGGUGAAGGUGGAGGUGUA